GAAGACAUCCGUCCGGUCGGCAGCAAAUUGCAAUCCACUACGCCGCAAGGGUUGAAGGGCUCCGCAAAAAAACCGCGCCCGAGGAGGGAACCAGGGGUUGAUCUCUCCUCUCUCUCCGAUCUUGUCUCCUAAAUCACGCCCGCUAUCUCCCAUGGCCGGGACCCGGGACCCAGGGCUGCAGACCGGAGCCGCAACCCCGUGGCGACGGUUCGCCAUUGGAGAAGCCCGAUCUGCAAAUGUUUUGUCGCCGAGAACUCCUGCAGCGCCGCGCGACGACGUCCGGAAGUCAAAGCCACGGCCUCCAUCCCGGGCAGAAUGGAUGUCACCAUCGAGCGUCGGUGGUCAGCUGCCCUUGUCACCUACCAUCAUACCCUGGGAGACCGAGGCAACCGACACGAUAACAGCGGAGGGUGUAACGCAUAGCGACUUCACUGACAAGCCACCUCUGUUCCUCGGCCUCAUCCCAGACGAUGACGAGGGCUCACUCGAGUACUCCGUCUACAUGACGGCCUACACGGUUGGCUUCGCCGCCCUGCUGCUCUUUAUCACGGUCGCUGCGAGCGCCUACUUCCCACACUGCGACAAUCCUGUGAGCUGCUUCGACCUAAACAGUGAGCUACAGCGCAGCAGACUUGUCGACGUAGACCCGUGUGAUGACAUGUUCGAGCACGUCUGCGGCCGCUGGGCCAGCGUGUACCCUGAGCAGCAAGACCUGUUCGAGGUCCUCAACAACAGGCUGCGCGUCUCCUUGCUUGAGAACAUCGAUCAAGUGAACGCUCACUCCCGUGACGCGGUUGAUAAGGCGGCCGCUGCGAUGACCGCGUGCAUGAACGUCCCAGAAGCUGAUAUUGAUCACACCGCAACUAUUCGGCAGGUGCUGCGUCAACGCGGAUUAACGUUUCCCGCCAGUAAAAAGCGCUCUACACGCGAAGUGUUCGGAAUCCUCAUCGCGCUCACCCUGCAGGACCUUCUGGGCGUUUUCUUCCAGCUCAAGCUCACACCAUACUUGAAGGCAGAGGAUAGAUUCGUCUUCGAAUUCAAAUACGCCGAGACCAUGUUCAGGUAUGUCACGGACGUGGAAGUGCUCGAAUCAUGUGUCCGUGCUUACGACCCGAAUCUAGAAGGCGCUAGGGACGUGGCAGAGAGGCUUGCGAAAGUGGAAAAUGAUGUCAGAACCAUCACAGAAAUUCAUUCUGGUGGGAAUGAGCAGCCGCAGUAUUACAAGUUCUCGGAGAUGGAUGACGUUUACUAUAACAGGACUCGCCAUGAAGUUUACGUGACCGCGCAGUGGUGGCUUGAUGAAAUCAAUAAGCAUAUACCUGAGAAUUCAGUCAUAAAUAUGGCGUCAGAAAUUCUCAUCAAAGAUCAUCACGCCUUGUUUCUGACCUUCGAUGUGCUCAGAGCGUAUUCCACCAGCAGCUUGAACCUCCAGACCUAUAUAGCCUGGAAGGUCAUCAAGUACCUAUCGUAUGCGGCGUCCAGCAGGAUGUUUUUCUGCCACUACAAUUUAACCAACAUCUACUGGAUGAGUACUUUCGCCAGAGCACUCGACCGAUGCACGAGCUACAUCAAGGUUGUCAUACCGCACGCCCUGCUCAAGUUACAGGUCAAGCAUAUCCUAGACGACGAGACCAUAAACUACACCAAUACGAUCGCCGACCGCAUCAGGUACCAAAUGGAGGUCUCUUACAAUUUCUCGUGGUUCGACCAAGAGUCGGCAAGAGGUGUAGUUCAGCGCCUUCGGUCCAUCCACCAGAUUAUUGGCAUGGCCUCAAAACUUCGCAGUAGUACUGCACUGAAUUCCUACUACUCUCAUAUACCGAAACCCGAUGCACCAUUCAAGUUCGUGGACUGGCUGGUCGAAGCUCACCGUGCUGUGGCAGCGCACAAGAAACGCUUUCUCCAGCCCUCCCCUGAUGGAACGGCCUCUAUCAGCCGAGACGACUGGGACCUGACGGGAAUAUCGGUGGGCGCCUUCUACGUGAUCGUGUACCACAUUAUCUACCUACCCGGCAGCAUACUCCUGCCACCGUUCAUGGUUCCGUACGGGCCAAACUCGUACAACUAUGGCGGGAUCGGUAAGGUAAUCGGCCACGAAUUGACGCACGCAUUUGAUCCCAAAUACCUGGACCUCAACCCUAGGGGCGAGAAGCAAAUCUUCUACACGCCUCAGUUCCUUCAGAAGUAUCAGGAACUACAGAAUUGCAUCGUCCUGCAGGCCAACAAGUUGACCCAGAGUGCCGUCGCCGGAAACAACUCCAUCAGUGAGGCCUUCGCCGACAGCGCGGGAGUUGAAGCCGCCUACCUUGCGUACAGGGCUCUGCCAGAGUCUGAUCGCCAGGCUGGAUCGGGGUACUACACAGCAGACCAGACCUUUUUUGCCGGCGGCUGCUACAUGUUUUGCCAGGCUGAAGAUGAUUACUCGGAGCUAAGCAUCUACCUGCCGCACAGCCUUCGCUGCAAACAACCCUGCAUCAACACGCAAGAAUUCGCGAGCGCUUUCGGCUGCAAAAAAGGAUCGCCGAUGUUCCCGCAUAAGCGCUGUGACGUGCACGACUUUUUGAGGAUCACACAGGGGGGAACGCGCUAAGGCCAUGUCAACGUGUUGUUCAGCUUGUAUUUGCGACGGCGUGACAUUAACUGUUGUUUCUUCUGCCGCCUCGAAGUGGUUGCUUGUGUGCGACUUUCCAAGCACUUGGUAGAGCGAAGCACGAGAGUUUAGUCGCUGCGCUCCUUUUUAUGCUCCAUAUCUAUGAUAUAUCGCUCUCAGUGCAGCGUCAUGUUGAAGAUCCGUGUUUUAUAAGAGCAAUGAAGAACGAUGGCAUACAAGGGCAUUUCCAGUAGGAGAUCUCGACUACCGAUUUGCACUUGACCAUAUUGAAGGAUAGUGUAAAGUAAAUGCUAUUUGAUAGUUAAUUUGUCUUCCUAAUCUUGCAGUAUCUUUGUAAAUUUCAUGCACAUUCACGAAACACGUGUUUUGCGGCAUGUUUCCCCAUUGGUUUGGCUUUGCAACCUCCUUUCAGUAGUGUAAAGGCUGCUUAUAACAUCUGAUUUUUUGUUACACCGUGUUCAUUGUGAGCUCAGCGCUGGGCGAUCCAGAGAAAAAAGGAAAAUAGCUUUUGUGUUCCACAAGGUUGCCUAAUUCUCGACUUGUUUUGUGCUUCUCUAAAUAUGCGUGGCUAUCUUAAUUUGCGAACAAGAUUAUAAAAUUGAUUAUUACCUA